GUGAUCAACAAUAUAAAAUUAUUGAUAAUUUUGGUAAUUCUUAAUGUAAAUAUAAUAUCUAAAGAAAGGAUGGAAUCUUAGUAAUUAUCUAUUGUGAAAAUUUUAAUUUAGAUACCUUAUAUUUUAGGAGUAAAUCAAUAGCCUGAGUAUGAAUCCUAGUAUAUGUUUUAGCAAUCCAAAAUUUCAAAUUGAUGUUUCUCUAUAAGGUAUAAAAAAUUGCUCUUUUGAGGAUAAGGUAUAAUCUGAACCUGGUUUAGUUAUUGAAGAUUCUGAUAUAUAAAUAUUAUUCCUAGGAUUACCUAUCAAAGAUAAAGAACUAUUAUAUAAAAGAGGAUGAUUAAAGAGAGGUAAUAAAGUACUUGGCUUUCUAUUAAGGAUUAUAUACUUGUGUACUCUGUGUAUAAAUAUGGUUGAGGAG